AUGCACAGACGCUUGUCUGGCUCGCCUGUCGAGGACACUGAAGCCUCCUUCGUGGCAGCAGACAGCCAUGGCAACACCGCCAAUAACAGUACCAACAACAGCAGCAGCAGCAAUACGGUCGGGAAUACCAACGGCAGCAAUAACAAUAACAGCAAUACAACCGCCAACUCGGAUCCGCCGGUAGCACGCACAGGUACCAGUAUUGACCUCCGCAGAGACAACGGCGCUUCGACGCCCCGUUCGCGCAAUUCCAGCACGUGGAGGGCUCCCUCGGCGCACGCGGCCAGCGACUCCAGAUCAUCGUCGUCGGCGACGGCGGUGGCAGCAGCUUCUGCUGCCAUGAUGCCCCUGGCUCAUAAUCAUCACCACCACCACCACCGUCUGGCCAUCGAGCCGUCGCCGGACCGUCAUCGAUUGCGACUGUCUCGGCUACGAAGUCCCUGGAUCUGUUCCAUUCUGGCCGCGCUUACAACCCUGGUCACCGUCGGCUUCCUCCUGUCCGUCCUUCGCUCCUUUAACGGCCGCAAUGUCGGUGAUGCGGGUUGUGGCAUCCCGGUGAUGAGUCCGACCUUCAUCCGGAUGCGCGGCUUCGAUACGGAACAUACGCGUUUUGCAAGCAAAUACAACCUCUUCUUGUAUCGCGAGGAGGGCGUGGACCCGUACACGCAGGAGAACAUUGGGCUCAAUGGCGCCCCGGUGCUUUUCCUCCCCGGAAAUGCUGGCAGCUAUCGACAGGUACGAUCAUUGGCCGCCGAGGCCUCGAGACAUUAUUACGAUGUCGUCCGCUACGACCAGGACCGCCGGAAGACCGGUACCCGCAGUUUGGAUUUCUUCAUGAUCGACUUCAACGAGGACAUGGCCGCCUUCCACGGUCAGACGCUGCUGGACCAGGCUGAGUACGUCAACGAGGCCAUCGCCUAUAUCCUCUCGCUCUACCACGACCCCCGUCGAUCACGCCGUGACACAAGCCUCCCCGACCCCAGUUCUGUCAUCUUGAUCGGCCAUUCGAUGGGUGGUAUUGUCGCCCGCGCAUCCUUGACCAUGUCCAACUACCAGGCCAACUCGGUCAACACUAUCAUCACCAUGUCCGCGCCGCACGCCAAACCCCCCGUCUCCUUCGACUCAGACGUCGUCCAGACAUACAAGCAGAUCAACGACUACUGGCGUGAAGCCUACUCGCAGACUUGGGCCAACGACAACCCGCUAUGGCAUGUCACUCUCAUCUCCAUUGCUGGCGGUUCCCGCGACACCGUGGUUCCAUCUGAUUAUGCAAACAUUGCCUCCCUCGUUCCGAACACCCAUGGCUUCACCGUGUUCACUUCUACCAUCCCGGAUGUGUGGAUCGGUAUGGACCACCUCUCCAUCACCUGGUGCGACCAGUUCCGUAAAGCCAUCAUCAAGUCCUUGUUCGAUAUCGUGGACGUCCGCCGACCUAGCCAGACCAAGCCGCGCGCUGAACGGAUGCGCAUCCUCAAGAAAUGGUAUCUGACCGGGUUGGAAUCCGUGGCCGAGAGAAGUCUGUCACAGAAAGAACCCACUACUCUCCUCACUUUGGAAGACAACUCAAACACCAUCCUCUCGCAAGGCGAACGGCUCGUUUUCCGGGAACUUGGCCGCCGUCCAAAUCCCGACGUGUACUUGAUGCCCAUUCCGCCCCAGGGUGUGUCCGGAAAAAAGUUCACCUUGUUGACUGACCAGUCGCUGGAUGAUGCUGAUAAUGGCAAUCUGGACGUGCUCUUUUGCAGCGUGUCCCCCCCUCACAACAGCAACAACAACAACAAUAAUAAUAACAAUAACAAUAACAAUAACAAUAACAAUAACAAAUUCGGUUCGGUGUUCUCUCUGAAUAUGGAUCUGACUGGAGGCAACAACAACGCGGGUUCCACGCGCCUGGCCUGCAAGACGGCCGCUGAUGACCGUAUUCACCUGCCGGCCUCGACCCGGACGUCCAAACAUCCGUUCGAACAUGUGCAGCCGUUCUCCUACCUCCAGUAUGACCUGGAGGAUCUGGCGGAACACCAAUUUGUGGCGGUGGUCGACCGGGCAACUGCCCCAACCAAGGGUUGGAUGAUUGCCGAGUUCUCUGACAGUUCGGAUUCGGUGAUCCGCGCCCGGGUCGGCCUGGGCGGUCUACUCAGUGCCGGAGUCAAGAUGCGGCUGCCCGCGAACCGCCCGAUGCUGACCGAAGUCAAAAUCCCCGCGCUGCACUCGAGUCUCCUGGACUACAAGCUCAAGGUGGUCAUGCGCAAUGCCGGCAAGCAGCAGGAGCCUUCGCUGUUCGCACCGCUGCUACGACAGUCGAUCCCGGAACCCCACGAAUCCAAGUUUUUUGUCAAUGUCAACGAAGUGAACGUCAAUCUGCAUGGCAUAGCGCCCUUCAUGCCCCCGCCGCUCCGUGACCAGGCGGCAAUGGGAGGCGUUUCAUUCCAACUGUGGACCGACCCCAGCAGCGGCUCCGCGGUCGACAUCGAGCUAACUGUCGACAUCACGGCCAGUCUCGGCGAACUCGUCAUGCGAUACCGCACCAUCUUCGCCGCCUUCCCGCUGCUGGUGGUGGCACUCGUCCUGCGCAAGCAGUUCCAGGUGUAUGACGAAACGGGGUAUUUUAUCACCUUCGGAGAAGGCCUGGACAGCGCGCUGCGCUCAUCCCUCCCCUUGUUGCUUCUUGCCAUGUCCCUGUUUGCGUCCUCGCUGGCCACCUCGACCACUCUCCCCGCGAGCGAUGACCCAUUCCACUGGCACGCAAACGCCACCGAGACCCCUGUCGACUUUACCAAGAACGAUCUCCUCCUGGGCUCCCAAGAUGCAUUCUUCUGGUUUUUGGUGCCGGUCUUUGGGCUGAUCAGCGUCGGGGUCUGCGUCAUUCUCAACUACGUCGCCCUGUUUCUGCUCUUCGUUCUUUCAUCCCUGUAUGGCUUUCUGCGGAGCAGAUCGGGUUAUAUCCGGCGCGAUGACAGGGGGAACCUGCCUAUAUUCUCCUCUUCAACCCCUAAACGACGGAUGAUCAACACGGCAAUCCUGCUUGUCCUUGUCUCAACUGCCAUUCCCUACCAGUUUGCCUACAUGGUCGCGUGUAUUGUGCAAUUGACGACCUGUAUGCGCGCCCAGUGGCACACCAGAGAAACGCGCUCUACCGCUCACUUCAACUUUUCGAAUUACGCCCACUCGAUCCUCAUCCUGAUGCUCUGGGUUUUGCCCAUCAAUGUCCUUGUCCUCCUCGUCUGGGCACACAACCUGGUUGUCCACUGGUUCACGCCGUUUUCGUCCCAUCAUAACGUCCUCUCGAUCAUGCCUUUUAUCCUUCUAGUCGAGACCAUGACGAGCGGCACCAUGAUUCCCCGAGUGACCACUAGGUUCAAACACGUCACUUCGAUCCUCUGUUUCUUGAUUGCCGUCUACUCUGCCGUCUAUGGCGUCUCGUACGCCUACCUCCUACACCACCUAGCCAACAUCUUCGCCGCGUGGCUGGUGGGCAUCUACUUCUUUAGUAGCGGGAUAUCUCUACGCCGGCUCUGGCACAUGUUCGAGGGUGACGAGACAUCGCCUUCGUUCUCUGAUCUAGGAGGCAGCCACGUGAAGAAGAAACCCUAA